GUGCCAAUCAGAGACACCUUCGUCAGGUCACCGCCCCGGCUAGAGCACCCAGAGGCAAUGUCCUCGGAAAUGCAGCAAAUUCGAGAGAAUUUGCAGAAGCUCCGGCGACUACAGGAGCGAGACGAGAAGGCCUUGUUUGGUGGCAGGAGAGACGGCAAAGGAAGGUUUGAGUGGCCGGACGGCACUGUCUACGAUGGUGAGUGGCGCUCCGAUACUGCGGGUCGAAGGCGAAGCCUUCAAGCGGAAGGUGCAGGCACGGCUCCGCCUUUGUGCCAUUUGCGAUUGCUCUUCUGUUUCCGCUCCGCCGAGCCGAUGGAUUCGAUUGGAUGGAUCGUCUUCUUGACGUUGGUCUCCAAUGCCUUUCGUGUGGUACAAAGCCACGCUUACUUGGCAGAUCCACCGAGCCGAAACCUUGUGAGGGCGCAGGCAGGGACGGAAGACUGCCCGCAUUGCUUGAACUCCAACGGUCCAGACAAUGUCGCCAAGCUGGGCAACAACGUUUGGCCCACGCACCUGGCUCCCGAGUCGCAUGGCCUCUGUGGUGAUCCGGUACAAGGCCAUUCUCAACCCCUCAGCCUUGAAGACGAGGAGUACCUGGUGCCAUCGGCCGUGCAAAGGACAUACACGGCCGGGAGCGUUGUGGAGUUCCGCGUGGUGGUCUCAACUCAUCACACAGGCCAUUACGAGUUCAGACUCUGCAACAGGGUCCUUGACACCAUGCUCCAGUCCAGUCGCGAGGGCCAGGACUGCCUGGACAAGGUCAUCCUGCAGCGUGCAGCACCUGCGAGUGAUUGCGUCGUAAACGACCCUCGAGGAGACUGUCAGCCCAUCGACUCAGAGAAUCCUGGGCGUUGGUACCUUCCUCCUCGAGGGGCGAAUCCGCCUGCAGGGGCCUCCUGGGCCUCCGGCCUCCCGUCUGUGACCGAGGUCCACACCAUGAAGUAUGUCAUUCCCGCAGACUUCUCGUGCCAGAAGUGUACGCUGCAGUGGUACUAUGCUACUGCCAACAGCUGUCUUCCCGAUAAUUCCUACAGGACAUACUUCCAGGGACUCCAGAGCUUGGGCUGGAACUCUGCCAGCUGGAGUGCAUGGGCUGUUGCGAGCUGGGCGACCUGUGAUGCCGCCUGCUGCGGCCCCGAAGGGCGAGGAACCUUCGGCGAGGAGUUCUGGAAUUGUGCCGACAUCGUAGUUCUGGAAGGGAGCGGGCCUGUUCCCUCGACAUCUCCUUCGCCUUCUCCAUCCCCGGUGUCAACGAGUCAGGUCGUGACCACGACCACAACCAUUCCGACUGGACCAUGCUCAGCAGUAUAUGAGCAAUGCGGCGGCAACAACCACAACGGUCCAAAGUGCUGUCAAUCAGGCUCAUAUUGCAAGUUUUCGAACGAGUGGUACUCGCAAUGCCUCCCUGGUACCGAUCCCACGCCUCCAACCCCGACCCCUACUCCACCAACACCAGUGACCACGGCAGCACCUGUCACGACGUCCGAUGUAUCGCCAAGGAGACCCAGCCAGUGCUCCUGUACGUCCAGUACUUCCUGGGAAGGAUCCUUUGACCGGUUUGCUGCUUCUCUCGGAGGAGAUGCUGAUUUCUGUGGCCAGAACUUCGGCGGUUCUGGGCCAUACAUUUCCGCAGGCGGUGGCUCUGAUGGCGGCGGUGGCUGGAGUGGAAAUGCGCCCUGUAUGUCUGGACAGUAUAGCUUCAGCGAAGACGGCUGGAAGAUCACUGCUUCUGCCAGUCAGGCCGCAAGCAAGGCUCCGUACCGGGCCUUCACCUACUUGAACUUCUGUGGUGGCAGCGCAUACAGCAACUGCUGGUCCACCGCUGCCAAUGUGUUCUCGUUCGCCUUUAAGACAUCUGGUGCAAGGGACAUGGGUGCUUUCGUGAAGCUCUUCUUCUGGACGGAUGCUGGGAACAUCUUGGGCCUGGUGCCCCCCGGGCACAGCAAAGGCGCUGGCAAGCUUCGCCUCGUCUCCUUCAUGUCCGACGACUUCCCGAACAACUGGCAGGACGAAGUAGAGGUGGAGGACGAUGUCUGGUACCAUGUCACGGUUACCUUCCGGCCUGCGACCAGGGCCGUCGAGUUGAAGCUGGAGGGUUCCGACUUCAGCAGCGGGACCAUCCCGGUGGACAUGCUUGCGGUCUCGAACGGGCCCCAGCUGGGUAUCUACUCCUUCGACUAUUCUGGAUCAUGGCCAAGCGAUGGUUUCGCCCUCUGGAUAAAUGACCCCUGUGUGGGAGAAGCCAGAUGCACUUCGAGUACGGUCACCAGCACCAUGAGCCCAUCUCCGAGCACAACUCAGGGCACCACUCCUACAGGCUGCUCCCUGCCGAGUGGCAUGCAAGCAGGCAUCCCUGUGGAUCGCCGCGGCUUCGCUUUCCAGCACGGCAAGCUCACUCUCUCCGGUCCUCAGCUGGUCGAUCUGAGGGGUGAUUCUGUGCAACUGAAGGGCAUGUCAACUCACGGACUGCAUUGGUUUCCGGACUGCUACGAGAAGAGCAUGCUGGAGCACCUGGUCUCCAGCUGGGGCAUCACCGUGUUCAGAGCGGCCAUGUACAUCGGUGAGGGUGGAUAUGCCUCGGACAACUCAGUCGCACAGCUGGUGGACGAGAUCGUUGCUUGGGGUGAGGAGUUCGGAGUCUAUAUCAUCAUCGACUGGCAUGUCUUGACGCCCGGAGAUCCGAACCACUGGCUGACCGGUGCGGGUGCAUCUCAAGCAGAUGCUGCGGCUUACUGGCGUGAGACAGCCCUGAAGUACAAGAGCAAAACCCAUGUUCUUUAUGAGAUCUGCAACGAGCCCAACGGUGUCGACUGGCCCACCGUCAAGACGUACGCCGACAGCAUCAUCUCUGUGAUCCGCGAGGUCGAUCCAGAGACAAUCAUCAUCGUUGGCACGCCAACCUGGAGUCAGGAUAUCGACAAAGCUGCAGCAAACCCCGUCCAGAUGCCCUAUAACGUCAUGUAUGCCUUCCACUUCUAUGCUGGGACGCACAGCUUUCUCCUUCCGCGCUUGCGCCAGUAUGCUUCGCAGAUUCCCAUCUUCGCCACGGAGUGGGGUACCAGCCAGGCGAACGGGGACGGCGGGCCCUACCUGCAGCAAGCCAAGGAGUUCUUGGAUCUUUUCGGCAACGGAGAGCUCGGGGUCACGGUGAGUUGGGCCCAGUGGAGCCUGGCAGACAAGUCGGAGGUCUCGGCGGCUCUCAGCAGUGGAAGCUGUGGAUCUGAUAGCUGGGACGGCGUGUCUUGCUCGGGCUUCUUUGUCCGAUCGUAUUUGAGAAUGCAUGCAGAAGAUCCCACCACAACUGGUCCCCCACCGACCUCGACAGUCACCGCGAAGCCCACCACCCAACCUGUCACAACAACCACCACUCCGAUGGGCACAACAACCUCUGCGACUGUGGUCCCAACAACUACCCCGACCCUGGUGGUAACGAUGGGUCCUCCUAUUGUGCGGGAUAUGUCUGCCGAGUGUGGCGGGUGGUGCCAGUAUAACGACAAUGAAUGGGCAACCAAGUGCAUGUGGAUUGGCUGCAGCUUGUGCGCAGGAUGUGGAAGUGUCACAACGACUCAUGUGGCCACGACGAUGUCGUCAUCGACUGUAGUUACAAGCACCGCGAGCACAACUAGGGUCGUCAGCACAAACGAGCCGACGACGACCACCAUCGUGGCAUCAACGACUGCCCCAAGUGGCCCCUGUGCAGCACUGUAUGGCCAGUGUGGUGGUAAUGAUUACGCUGGACCAACCUGCUGUGAAUCUGGCUCCACUUGCACUUUCGGCAAUGACUACUACUCACAGUGCCUCCCUGGCUCCUCCCCUUCUCCCACACCUGCGCCAACACCUGCUCCAUCACCUUCCCCCGCACCGUCACCGUCUCCAUCACCGCCCUCUCCUCCCGGGCCUGUGGGCAGCAAUCCCUUCGAGGGACACCCCUGGUACGUGAACCCAUCUUACAGGGACUUGCUGUCCGCGUCGAUCAAUCUGACGAGUGGUGGGGUGCGGGCGACCUUGGAGUCCAUGCAGAACGUGCCCUCGGCCUUCUGGAUUGACGUGAAGUCCAAGAUCUAUAAGGGACAAGGCCACCCGGAUCACAGCACGGUGGAAGGGAUUCUGGAAGACGCCGCAAGCUGCUCACCUCCUAGCCUUGUGGUGCUCAUCGUUUACGACCUUCCCAACAGAGACUGCUUUGCGCUAGCUUCAAAUGGAGAGAUCUGCUGCCACUAUGGCGAAGACAAGGGCCGAACUAAGUGCGACAUGUCGACUUCGGGACCGAAUGCUGGCUUCUACCGGGAGGUGGCCGGAGCCAACUGUGCCGAUGGCCUCGCUGAGUACAAGUCGACCUACAUCGACCCUUUCGCGGAGGUCGUCGGGCGCUUUGCCGACAGGGUGCCGGUGGUUCUGGUGAUUGAACCUGACUCCUUGCCCAACCUGGUCACCAACAUGAAGGACAAGAGGCCUGACAACUUCCGUGGCUGUCACGACGAGACGAAGGUGGCUUAUGAGGAAGGUAUCCGCUACGCCGUCGAGAAGCUCUCCGCGACAGGGGCACAGCUGUACGUGGAUGCCGGGCACGGGGGUUGGCUGGGAUGGGCCAACAGCAACGAUGACCAAACCGGAAAGUUCGCCAACAUCAUCGCCAACAUGCAGAUUGCCGACAAGGUUCGUGGCUUCGCCACGAACGUUGCAAAUUACCAGCCCUUAGGAAGUGUGGUCUGCUCGGAGCCGGGUAAGUGCAAGGGCCAGAUGAGCAGCGACCCGUGUUGUGCCGAUGACCCCUGCAACCUGCAAAAGGAUUGGAACUGGGCGCACAACGAACUGAAUUAUGUGGAUGUCCUGGACUACAAGAUGCGAGCAGCCAUUCCUGGCUUCACGCCAUCCUUCAUCAUCGACACUGGCCGUAACGGCAAGCCCAACACCCGCAGUGAUUGUGGCAACUGGUGCAACGCCAGAGGUGCGGGUAUAGGUCGUGUUCCAACGACAGCCACUCCAGAUGCCCGAAUCGAUGCAUACUUCUGGCUGAAGACUCCCGGCGAAUCUGAUGGCUGCACGGAGGUCCUUCCAGAUGGUACGAAUUGCCCUCGGUUUGAUGAGAUGUGUGCAUCUGUGGACUCGUUAGGGAGCAGCAAUGGAGAACCACGCGCCCCUGAGGCAGGUCUCUGGUACCACUAUCAGAUCGCGAUGCUGGCAGAGAAUGCUGACAUGGGUGAUGCCUCUGCCUUUAGUGUUGCAGGGAGCUGUGGAAGUGUCACGGGCUCGCCGCAAGUGACGAUUCUGACCGAUGCAUCUGUACGAAGUUCAGGGCUGGCGGCUCGACUUGGCUGGCGCACCUCAAGUUCGCAUGCCUUGAACCAGGGAGUCACAAUGCUGGCGCUGAAUACCCGCCAUGCCCGCAUGUUGCUCAUAACCGACAACACGACGGAGGGGUUCGAGGGCAAGGACGGCGGUGUGGAUCGUGCAUGCCGUGGUGGAAGCAGAACCGACAAUGCGCCAAGCAACUACGAGAUUCACGCUGCGGCCACUUUGGAUGAGUGCAAGGCAGUCUGCAUGUCAGUCGAGGGAUGCAAGGGCAUUGAGUACAGCAGUGGCCGGUGUGAAGUAUGGACACGUGCCGGUGGCAUCCAAGCUACUAUCGAGCUUGCCGGCUUCAGCUGCUACACAUACGGAGAAAUGGCAGUGGAUGAUGGGUUCACUCCUGCCCACGGUGGCGUUGAUCGCGCAUGCCGAGGUGGAAGCAAAACCGACAAUUCUCCCAAUAAUUACGAAAUUCAUGCUGCUGGCAGUUUGGACGAAUGUAAGGCGAUCUGCAUAUCGAUAGAGAGCUGCAAGGGCAUUGAGUACAGUCCGGGUCGAUGCGAGGUGUGGACACGGCCGGGCGGUAUCCAGGCAACCAUUGAGGUUACUGGCUUCAGUUGUCACCUUUACAACGGAAUGGCAGUAAGGGGAGAGUUUUCGCCCGUGGACGGCGGUGUGGAUCGUGCAUGCCGUGGUGGAAGCAGAACCGACAAUGCGCCAAGCAACUACGAGAUUCACGCUGCGGCCACUUUGGAUGAGUGCAAGGCAGUCUGCAUGUCAGUCGAGGGAUGCAAGGGCAUUGAGUACAGCAGUGGCCGGUGUGAAGUAUGGACACGUGCGGGUGGCAUCCAAGCUACUAUCGAGCUCGCCGGCUUCAGCUGCCACGCAUACAGACCAAACCCUACCGCGAUGGCAAAGUGUGUCGAGAUGAGUGACAUGUCUGCUGCCGUGUCGGUCUCCACGAUUCCACUACCCUCUCCACGGCACAGCCAGUGCUCCAACUUCGGAGUUGCGUUGUCAUGCCGUCAUGUGCACUAUGCAGCUGCUGCGGACAAGGAUUUGCAGGCCGUGCUUUACAAUGAUGAUACAGGGAAACCUUACUUGUUGCUGGUGGAGGGAGAUACCAUCCUUGCCUCUCAACCACUUGCAUCUUCGUCUUUGGAGGUGCGAGGCCUGGACUUCGAACCUGCCGGAGACUAUCUCGUGGUUCUUCUCUCCGGUGGCAGUGCAUAUGACAGCCCCAGCUUGUUCAAGAAGUUUUCGGUGCCCGGCCUCCAGGAGGUCUGGAGCACACCGAUUCGCGAUCCCCAGGUCGGGCUGGAGAGGUGGACACCGGAUGCGGCCCAGUCCCUCGCCGUGUCCUCCAGCCGCUACAUCCAGCAUUCGGCCGGUGAGUGCAGGUCGGGGUGGUGCUCUGGACAUCAAGGUGGGAUGACAGUGGUCGUUGAUGCGAGCGGCCAGCAGCGCUCGUAUUCUGGCGAUGCCUGGAGCUCGCAUUCGUGCAAGCAGAUGGCGGCCUACAGCGCCGUCUCCGACACGUUCCUGCUUGCAACCGCCGGGGAUGCAUAUCCCGACAAGUUAGUCUUCUCAACCCUCAAGGACGACGCCUUGUUGCAGACUGCCAGCUUCCAGAGCUGGGGCGACGGGGCAGGCUCCCAGGGAGUCAGCGGGGGCGCGAUCAAGGCCGAUCUGCGCGGUGGGUUUGGAGCUGUCUGGACAUACGGAGAGAAGGGUGGACUUUCCGAUAAGCUCUUCUUCGCCACCUUCUCUGCCAACGGAAGUUUUUUGACUAGUCCUCGGCGCCUCUUUGACGAUUCCGGUUCGGAGAUUGGGGGCAACCUGGUCCCACUUGCAGAUGGCAACUGGCUCGUGGCAUACACCAAGUCAGACUCGGAUGUCAUCUCUGACUACUUGAGGACUCUCUGGGAUGACUGGCAGCUGCCGGAGGACCUGCGACUGGAAGGAGGUCGUUUGGCUGUGGUAAGUGGCGAUGGACUUGUCCUCAAGGACGGCAUCAAGCUGAGCCCAGAGGCCAGCCUGCCCAUAGAGAUCAAUCACAUGGUGGGGCGACCGGACGGUUUCAGUUGGGCCUCAGUGGAUGCAAGUGGCCAGACUUUGCGCAUCGCUCACCUCAAAUGCUCUUAG